AACUCUUACCAACAGACUCAGUAUCAUCUUCACCAUCCUUCAACUUCCUGACCCGGUUCUUUACUUAGUCUUAUAUUGGUUGCUGCACAGAAUACAUUUCAAAGAUGCUUUUCAAUUCUAAUGUAAUUUAAUAUGUAAACAUUUAUAAAUAAUCUCGUUGACAAAUAGAGUACAGCGCGAAUCUUCAAAAAGUGUACGUUUUAUUUAAGGAGUUGGAUAAAAAUUGGUAGCAAGUUUCCAAGAUUAAAGCAGAUCCAUUAAAAGAGUGUGUCAGACGAUAUAACUGCAAACGACAGAUGAGACGUGUAACAUCACUAUGAAAAUAAGCAAACAAAGUUAUUGGUCUCGAUUGUUGUUGAUAAUUUUGACAUUCAUGAUUUUUUCGAGACAUGUUAAUGCAGAAAAGAUUAAGAAAAAGCGGCAGAUUUUUCGAGAACAGGUGUUACCAGCAUUGGGUGGAAAAAUUCCAGAGGAAGCCUUCAGAACGGAUCGCUUGGCGUUGAAUCGAUUAAAUAAGGAAGGCAUUACGAUACCAGAUGGCAUCGUCUUGGAUGCUCGGCACGUUAGCAAGCAUCUUCAUUCGGAUCAAAGAUGCCAGAAACAAGUCUAUCUAACAUCGGACGGUCGAUACGUACCGCCGGAAGAGCAAUCUUAUUAUAAUUAUCCAAAAACCGUCGACACAACUUACAUUAUACGAAAACCAUUUAUGCAUACGAAUCAUAAAACAUCAAAUAAUUUUGGAAACGUCAAACUUCGAAGUUAUCCAAAAUCACAAAUCUACUCGAAUACGAAUUAUAGACAAAUUGUGUCGAUCGUACCACCGGCCAAACCGGGUAUUUACAAGCCUAUUGUAGCGCCUCUUAUAUUUCCGGCUGACAAAAAUCUGUUUGAUUUAUCCAGUUGGACGACAGAAUAUGAUUGGGAUACCGUAUACAAAUCGUUUGAUGAUUACUUUGUUAAUAAUCUUGCACUCUUCGAUUCGCAUCAGUUUCUCGUAUACGUAGCAUGGUCUCACAGGAGAAACUGGUCCAGUUUCAUAUUCAAACUCGAUGCGAUCAUGCUGACAAGUCGCGAUAUCUUUGCUGCACUUCUGCUGGCUGUUAUGGCAGCGCCCUAUUCAACCAUACUUAUACAGGUUCCAGUGGAUGAUUAUCAUGAUGAAUAUGAAAAUUUUCAACCGGUAGUUGGAUUUCGUCAGCCUAUUAUUGUUAAAGAAGAACCAAAGAAAGAUCAGAAUUUGAACAAGAUUCCCGGAAUCCCCGGAAUAGAUUAUCCUAUCUAUCAUACAGUACCGCCUACGAGUUUCUCCUGCGCAUACGUUCCGGUCAUACCAGGAAUGUAUGCAAAUGUGGAAACCGGUUGUCAGGCAUAUCAUGUGUGCCAUGAUGGACGUGAAGGGCAUCAGGGUGCUUCUUUCUUAUGUACCAAUGGAACGCUCUUUAAUCAACAGGAAUUUGCGUGCGAUUGGUGGUACAAUGUUAAUUGUGCCAAUGCCCCAUCUCUUUAUCGACUAAAUGCAGAUCCAUUAAAGAAUCCAUACGUACCAAAGGAAACAAAAGAUGAAAUCCAAAAAAAAAUGAAAAUCAUCGUACUUUAAAAUUUAUAUCCGUCUUAUACGGAAAUAGCAUCAAUUACAUUCGUCGAAGGAUAUGAAAACAAGUAUUAAAACAGU